AUGUCAAGCAAGGUGCUAUCAGCAUAUGACUUCUAUAUUCAAUACCGCCCAGGUCAGCUGAACCCCACUGACACGCCGUCAAGGCGCUCAGACUAUGCUAUAGUCGAUGGGAAGAAGAUCCUGGGGUGGAGAACUCUAGAGCUGCAGGGCAGUGCCACGGAGGCAACGGUGCACUCCAUAAAAGCAGGAGACAGAGUCCUUGAGUCUCAAGUUGAGGCUGGCACUAAAGAUCAUGAACUUCUCAUGCCAUGUCUUGCUGCAAUAUGCCUUGCAGAGGAUGAAGCAGUCUACAAACUUUCAAUCAAACAGCUUCUUGAUUUCAUUAAAGAGCUGCAGGAGAGGGACACCUCAACAGCAUCUUGA